AUGCCAAUUCAACAUAACCUCAAUGUUUAUUUCCUAAGAAAUCAAAAAGAUUUCUUUCAGAGAAUUUUAAGAUAAAUUACGUUUGAAUUGGAAGUUUGGGAUGCUUGGGAGAUUGCUAAGGAGCCCCUUUGUUAGAUUAUGUAGGAAUAGUCCCCUGAUUGUGUCAUCCGGAAGGAAUUUCUGCAGCAAAAUUGAGACUGCAACGAGCAAACAUGAUCGCACGGGGGCUGCAUACAUUGGCAGCAAUGCCGGGAAGUGGAUGGCAGAGCAGACACGGAGUGGCCCCUCGAGGCAGGGUGUUUGGUAUCAACCCUACGUCGUAAUGGCCUGCCUGGUAACCUUCAUGGCUUACUUCUGUAUCCUCCGGGAGGAAAAUGACAUUGAUCUGGAGCUCCAGAAGAGUCUCUAUGAGCGAAUUGAAGGCCUGGAGGAGACACAGCUACGCGUCCGGCAUAAAUAUAACCUCGAAAAUGGUUUAGAUGUGAAAGACAUCGAGGACAGGCUCAAAGAAUUGGGUGCUAGCGUUGAAAAAACUCCUUAGAAUUGUAUUAAAAACUAACUAAUUAAUAAAAGAGAGAGAAUUUCGUGUA